UGGGACCUCGCAAAUUCUCAUUUCGGAUCCGAAAAAACUCAGCUUGAAAAAAUUCCACAAUGAAUACAGUCCCUGUUUUGGUCUAACUCAACUAUGGCAGACGAAUCAGCAUCGACGCCUGGACCAUCCAAGCGUCGGACACGGCCACAGGGGGACAAGUCCAUCCAGAGAUGGCUUGCAGUCGGCGUAAAUGGACCGCUGUCGGAAGCCUUGGUCGCUCGUGGCCUCAAGCAGCCCACGCCAAUCCAGCGUGCGUGUCUGCCGACUGCAUUUUCUGUUCCUCACAGGGAUCUGAUUGGCAUGAGCCGGACGGGAUCGGGGAAAACGUUAGCCUACCUCAUCCCGGUCAUCCAGCACAUCCUCAAUCUACCUUCAGGCUCUCGACCUAGUCCUUCAGCCAUCAUCCUGUGUCCAAAUCGAGAACUCGCUCUUCAGAUUCUGAGAGUUGGGAAAGCCAUCUGCCGUAGUGCGAACUCAGUUCUCAGAACGGCAGAAGAGAAAGUGGACGUCCAAUGGACUCUAGCAAUCGGAGGUGAUGCCAUGGAAACCCAAUUCUCGGCUCUGUCAAGCAAUCCAGACAUCAUCGUCGCAACUCCAGGAAGAUUCCUGCAUCUUGUGGUCGAAAUGGAUUUCGACCUUCGUCAUGUACAGCAUGUUGUUUACGAUGAGGCCGAUCGUCUAUUCGAAAUGGGCUUUAGACCGCAGCUCGACGAAAUCCUGUCUCGUCUACCGAGCAGUCGUCAAAACUACCUAUUCUCGGCCACUAUCCCGGCCAUGGUCGCCGAAUUUGCUCGCGCAGGCUUGACGAAUCCGAUCUUCCAUCAGUUGGAUAGCGAAAACAAGUUGAGCCCGGACUUGACGAUGUCUUUCUUUUGGACGACAUUCGCCGAGAAGACGGCAGCUCUACUAGGCGUAAUGCAGACUGCUCUGGGUUUAGGAUCUAAGGAGCCCUCAGAUGAGAUUCGUCCGCAGGUGAUAAUAUUCGUUGCAACCAAACAUCACGUCGAAUAUCUUGCCACGUUACUGAAUCUCUUGGACUAUCGGGUGUCUUUCAUAUAUGGAUCGCUCCACCAAGUGGCUCGUAAAGAACAGCUGGCUGCUUUCCGUGCGAAAUCGACCGACGUCUUGGUGGUGACGGAUGUCGCAGCCCGAGGAUUAGACAUUCCAGUCAUCGACUACGUCAUUAAUUAUGAUCUGCCCACUUCUUCGCAGCAAUUUGUACACCGAGUGGGCAGGACAGCUCGAGCUGGACAAAAGGGAGAAGCCUUAUCUUUUGUCACUAGGGAGGAUCUCCCGCAUCUUGUGGACCUCGACAGUUCGCUGAAUCUUGGUCUGCGUCAGUGGUGCCAGCAUGACAUCGGCACAAUCCCCCGUGACGUCCUGGAAGAUCGAACUGAAGCUCUACGCAGUCUGCAGGAGGGGAAUGGAGACAUUGCUGGGCUGUAUCAGGUGCUUUUGAAGAGUCAAUCUCUCUUUGAGAAGACCAAGAAUAGGGCAUCAACCACCGCAUAUCGAAUCGCUAAAGAAGAGUUCGCAACCGGAAAUACUCGUCUUAGGGAUCAGAUCAAUCCGCGCUUUGAUAAGGGCCAGGAGAAAUCAGAUACAGAAGUCGCUAGAGACCGAGCUGUCCUGCUCCACUCUCUCGGGAGCUUUCGCCCUAGUAACGCUAGGCGUGACGCCCCCUCAAAUCCCAGCUUCAAGUCUGCCAAGCGGAUUACAACUUCUGCUGUUCCAUCAGCCGCGGCGGAGAGAGUAUCUGCAUCCUCCAAGGUUCAAUCUUCAACGGGCUUCCAGGAUGCAACAUUUUGGAUAGGCAGCACGCCUGGUGCUGACAGGGCGUUUGACAACACUACCAGGAUUGCGUCAUAUAUCACAGCAGCCACGACCGACGAAGGUCAGCAGGCAGCUGCGCCUGGAAAGGCCAGCCAACUCAAAUGGGAUAGGAAACGAAAGCGUUUCACAAAUGCAACAGACGGAGAGAAAGGGCAGAGCAAGAAAAUUCGCACUGAGAGCGGCUCGGUUAUCCCAGCUUCUUUCAAGAGCGGGAAAUACCAGGCGUGGCGAUCAACGCAGGGCAAACUUGGACUCUUCAGCUCUACGAGCACGAGAACACGGAAUCCGAGCCAGACAGGCUCUCGUAAGGUGACAGCCCCAAGCGGGGUAAUGGGUGACCAUGGACGGAAAAGCGAAUUACGGACUUCGUCAUCCAUUCUCAACGACAAACGGCGGUCGAAGAGACACAAGCGCUAAGCUAAUGGGACCUCGGCGAGUUAUCAUCUGCUUCGGGGUAGCUGCCAUGCUGCCGGACACGUCACGCUGCGACAUUGGAA